GAGCCAUUGACAACGGAGAAGAGAGUAAAUUGCGGCCUCUAAUCAUCACCACAGACACUGCAUGACCAAACCCACCAUGUCUUCCCGUUUUGCCCCUCGUUUUUCUAUCUAUUUCCAAUUCGUUGACCCUCACUCCUACCGUUCCAUCGUCGGCGCCAACCACACCUCCGCCCGCUUCUGCUCCCGAUAAUUCCCUCGAGAUAUACACAUUUUCUUCUCUCUCUCUCUCUCUCUCUCUCACACACACACACAUACACACACACACACACACGCAGAGAGAGAAAUUCAUAGAUAGAAACAUACGGACAGAGACACACACUCGGAGUUUAUCAUGGAACCCAGCACAGGGAAACCGAGCUUCCUUCGAAAUAUUCUGGUACGAGUCUUCCUUUUCUGUGUACUCAUCAUCGGAAUUCGAUUCGCCUACAUUGUCAUAAUUCGGGGCGAGUCCUGCGACAUUGGCGACUUCUGUUUCUUCUCCCUUCCUGAAAACCUCAACAUGGUCGCCGUUAUCGGCCAGUUCAGCAGCGGAUCUUCCUCUGCCUCAACUAUCAUCGACAACGACUCUGUCCCGGCCAAGCCCAAAACUCCCGAUCUUUGGGCCACCAAAGAUUUCCAAAAGGCUGCACAUUUCUAUUCGUCUAUUUUUCAGGAUCUGAUCUCCGAGGGCUAUUUAAAACCCAAUUCGAAGUCGCUUUGCGUCGAAACGCAAACGGGCCCUGAAGUUUUUGCACUAAAAGAAAUCGGAGUUUCAGACUCCGUCGGAAUUUUCAAGAAAGCUUCAAAGCCAUUAGUGAUUUCAGGUCAGACGAUUAAACAACCUUUUAAAAAUAAUACUUUCGAUUUCAUAUUUUCCGGUGCCGGAAUGCUCGACAAAUCUGCCAAGGCAGCCGAUUUCGCUGCCGAGAUUGGCCGAACCCUUAAGCCCGAAGGGUUUUUGGUUGUUCACACAGCGGCCAAAGAUACUUAUAGUUUCAAUUCGUUUCUUGAUUUGUUCAAUUGUUGUAAAUUGAUGAGGUCUAUAGAUAUUGAUGGGUUUGAUUUAUCUAUGCCCUAUAUUCAUGAAAUUGUAAUGAAAAAAGAGAGUGAAAUUGGAAUUCAAGGCCACCGGGUGAAAAACCCCGGUGGCGAUUUGGGGAAUAAGUGCUCUGUUCCGGGGUAUAAACAGGGAUUGAUCCGGAAAGCUGAGCCUGUGAUUGAAGAGGAACCAUCAAAACCAUGGAUUACAUUGAAGAAAAAUUUAAAGAAUAUAAAGUAUUUAGGGUCGAUGGUUGAUAUUAGUUUUAAGCAGAGGUAUGUGUACAUUGAUGUCGGAGCUAGGAGCUAUGGAUCGAGUAUUGUGAGUUGGUUCAAGAAACAGUAUCCGAAGCAAAAUAAGACCUUUGAAAUCUAUGCAAUUGAGGCUGAUAAGACUUUCCAUGAAGAGUAUAAGUUCAAGAAAGGGGUCACAUUGUUACCUUAUGCAGCGUGGGUGAGGAAUGAGACGUUGUUCUUUGAAAUUAAUCAAGACCCAGGUCAUAAGGUGGUGGAGAAAGGUAGAGGAAUGGGUAGGAUUCAACCGACUCAGUCCAAAGAUGGUUCUGUUGGCGAGGUGGAUAAGAUUAAGGGGUUUGAUUUUGCAGAUUGGUUGAAGAGUACAGUGUCUGAGAGAGAUUUUGUGGUGAUGAAGAUGGACGUGGAAGGUACGGAAUUCGAUUUGAUUCCGAGGUUGUUUGAAACGGGAGCAAUUUGUUUGAUUGAUGAGAUCUUUCUUGAGUGCCAUUACAAUAGGUGGCAGAAAUGCUGCCCUGGUGAGAGGACUCACAAGUAUCAAAAGACUUAUGGCCAAUGCUUAGACCUGUUUACUUCUCUUAGAGAAAGUGGAGUUCUUGUUCAUCAAUGGUGGUGAAUGGUAACUACCCCAUACAUCUUCCUGUAAUAUUAUGUUGUUUUUUAUUCCUUUUUUUUUUUUGCCUUUCUCCUACAGAUGACAGUGAUGUAAUUUUUUUAUAUUUCCUCUCUCUGUAUUCCAAUUUCUUUUGUAUUUGUAAUUGUCCUUUAGAAUGGAAAAAUGGUUGAGGUUAUGAUCUCUCAAUUGACUUCUGCCCUUUUACC